AAAUCUUCAGAAAGAUCAAUGGCUUCAUGAGCAUGAAGAGAAGUUCUAAGAAGUUAAGUGAGAUUAUAGAGAAAUGGAGGAAGAGGAAGAAGGGUUACUUUGCCGUGUAUACAAAGGAAGGCAGAAGAUUUGUUGUGCCUCUCUACUACUUGAACCAUCCUAUUUUUCGGGUGCUGUUGGAGAUGGCCGAGGAGGAGUUUGGGUCAACCAUUCUUGGGCCACUACAAAUUCCUUGUGAGGAAGGAUUGAUGGACUUCAUUCUCUCUUUAUUGAGGAAGAAUCCUCCUGGCAACUCUCCAUGAACACUUGUAGGGGACCUUCAACAUCCUCGAUUUUGAUUUUGUUGACAUUUCCGAGGAUAAACUCUUGUACAUUGAAAAGAAUGUAAGACUAAUUUCUCACGAGUAAGGCUUGCUUUUGUGUUUUGUACACACAAGACGCAUGUUAAGAGUGACACAUUUGUAAUUAAGGGCUCUCUUUAACUUGUGUCCUAUGUGUUGUAUUUAUUUCUUUUUGUGUGGAUUGGCAUAGUCAUUUAUUUAUUUUGGGCAUAUAACGAGUUGUGCAAAUUUUUUGUGAACACUUGAAAAAGUACUUUCACCCUUUAUAUAAGAAGAGUUGGUCCAUUAGACUUCAUUAUGUCAAUAAGUGAAAAUAUGGUUUAGAUACUAGUCUCCUCUA